CGCGCAACGACGCAGACCCCACCACAGCCAUAUACAGCUUCAGGAUUCUCUAUCAGGACUCUCAAUUCACCUCUCCACUCAAUAUAUAGACCGUAAUCGCUCGAUUACUCAUAAUCAUGGAUUACCAGAACCGUGCAGGUUCCAAAUUUGGUGGCGGUGGUGUCGCCUCGAGCUCAGCGACCAAUGCCGACCGACGAGAGCGUCUUCGAAAACUUGCGCUCGAGACUAUCGACCUCGACAAGGACCCAUACUUCUUCAAGAACCACGUCGGAAGCUUCGAAUGCCGUCUAUGUCUUACAGUCCACCAGAACGAUGGCUCAUACCUAGCUCAUACACAAGGAAGGAAGCAUCAGACGAACUUGGCGCGACGUGCCGCGAAAGAACAGCGAGAAGGAAGGAAGGACGAUGCAGGACAGCAGGGUCUACUUGCUGGUGUGCAAUUGAAGAAGAACGUGAUCAAGAUUGGCAGACCUGGUUACCGGAUAACGAAAGUUCGCGACCCUAUCACUCGCCAGAACGGUCUUCUGUUUCAGUUCCAGUUUCCAGAUAUCACAUCAGGCACUAUCCCGCGCGUUCGGUUCAUGAGUGCAUACGAACAGAAGAUCGAAGAGCCUGACCCAAACUACCAGUACUUCAUUGUUGCUGGAGAGCCUUAUGAGACGGUUGCGGUCAAGCUGCAGGCACGCGAGGUGGACAGACGGGAGGGCAAGUUCUGGACUUGGUUCGAUGACGAUAACAAGGAGUUCUGGUGCCAACUGCUCUUCAAGACUGAGCGUGACGAGCGAUUCAGCGCUGUUCCCGGCCUGGCACAUUCACUGUAUGGAAAGCGUCCCGGCCCUGAGUCGCAUCUCCAGCUUUUACGAAACCUUUUGCAUUUCCCCUAAGAGGGCAGUAUGGCGUUUAAUUGGAGUUCAUGGCCGAAAAGAAUUCUGGAGAUCAUU